AAGAAGUGAAGUUCCCAGCUCUUUCUAACCUGGAUCCAUGUGGCGUCUCGUCGCUACGGUUCUCUCUCUGUGUUCCUGAGAAAGUGUGUGUGGGCUCCAGCACUACUGAUCCAUCAUCUGUGUGUCUGGAUAAACCUCCGAAUGGACUCUGUGCUCUUUUUUCUGGAGCGUUUACCUCGGUCUAUAGGAGCUAGCUUAGCAUGCUAGCUGGAAACACGUUAGCAACACUAGUCAGAUUGAGAGUUUGAUGGAGAGAGAAACGGUGUGUUUAACGGAGUUUGCAGGGAAAGGUGAUCUAGUAAACAUGAGUAAAGUCCAAAUGCUGCUGUCGUUGAAGCAGCGACUCACUACUGCUGCCGACGAGAUAUUUGCUCAGUUUGAAAAAACGAUAGCAGAGCACGAUGAGGAGCUGUCUCUUUCCAAAGAGGAGAACGAGAGACUCCAGAAACUACUGGACGCUGUUUUACAGCCUCAGCUUCGGAUACACAGAGCAGCUCUCCUACGUGAUGUCCGGCUGGCGUUACUUCGUCUGCCCGGUGGAGUUCAACAACGACUCCAACCGGUUCCAGGUGGACUGCGAGCCGUCUGAGCUUUUCCAGCUGCAGGACUACGCCUUGCCCUCCGUCCUUGAGUCCUUCACCGGAUGGACCACGGUGCGUUUGUAUCCGUUCCAGAUCCACAGCAUCGCUCUCUCCUCCUUCGCCUCCAUCAUGGGACCCUUCGGAGGAUUCUUCACCAGCGGCUUCAAGAGAGCCUUCAAGAUCAAAGAUUUUGCCAACACGAUCCCAGGUCACGGUGGCAUUAUGGACCGGUUCGACUGCCAGUACCUCAUGGCCACAUUUGUUAACGUCUACAUUCCCAGCUUCAUCAGGGGCCCGGACCCCAGCAAGGUGAUCCAGCAGCUCCUGGCGCUGCGCAUCGACCAGCAGUUCCACAUCUUCAACUCCCUGAAGGCUCACCUGACGGAGAAGGGUAUCCUGGCGGAGAAGGGUAUCCUGCAGGCGCUGGAGGACGUCAUGGCCUAGACCCCCUCACCCACUGUGGCUCACCCUGAGGGGGAGGAGAGAGAGGAGGGCAGCACCACGAGGACCCCCUGCUGA